CUUUCUGUUCUAGGUGGCUGCUGUGGCUCCGAUUCUAAACAGUAUGUUUACGGAGGAUGGGCUUGGGCUUGGUGGUGCAUCUCCGAUACUCAGAAGAUAUCCCUAGAGAUAAUGACGUUACAGCCCAGGUGCGAGGACGUAGAGACGGCUGAGGGUGUAGCUUUAACCGUCACAGGUGUGGCGCAGGUAAAAAUCAUGACUGAGAGAGAGCUCCUGGCUGUGGCGUGUGAGCAGUUUCUUGGGAAAAGUGUCCAUGAGAUAAAGAAUGUCGUACUUCAGACCUUGGAGGGUCACCUGCGAUCUAUUCUUGGUACCCUAACAGUGGAGCAGAUCUAUCAGGACAGAGAUCAGUUUGCUAAGCUGGUGCGCGAAGUGGCAGCUCCUGAUGUUGGUCGUAUGGGUAUAGAGAUCUUGAGCUUCACCAUCAAGGAUGUGUAUGACAAAGUUGAGUACUUGAGCUCCCUGGGCAAGACACAGACUGCUGUUGUGCGGAGAGAUGCUGAUAUUGGUGUUGCCGAAGCUGAAAGAGAUGCGGGCAUUAGAGAAGCCAUGUGUAAGAAGGAAAUGCUGGAUGUCAAGUACCUGGCUGAUACCAAAAUUGCAGAUUCCAAAAGAGAAUUUGAACUUCAGAAAGCAGCAUUCAGCCAGGAAGUGAACACUAAAAAAGCAGAGGCCCAGCUGGCUUAUGAGUUGCAGGCAGCCAAAGAACAGCAGAAGAUUCGACAGGAAGAGAUUGAGAUUGAGGUUGUGCAGCGUAAAAAGCAGAUUGAUAUUGAAGAGAAGGAAGUUGUACGUAUGGACAAGGAGCUGAUUUCCAUGGUCAGGAGACCAGCAGAAGCUGAGGCAUAUAGGAUGCAGCAGAUUGCUGAAGGAGAGAAGGUCAAACAAGUGCUGAUAGCUCAGGCUGAAGCUGAGAAAAUCCGAAAAGUGGGAGAAGCUGAUGCAUCAGUUAUUGAAGCUAUUGGUAAAGCAGAAGCCGAGAGAAUGAAACUGAAAGCUGGAGCUUAUCAGAAUUAUGGAGAGGCUGCUAAAAUGGCCCUUGUUUUGGAGUGCCUGCCUGAGAUUGCUGCCAAAGUUUCUGCUCCUCUGUCCAAGGUGGAUGAGAUUGUCAUUCUUAGUGGUGAAAACAGUAAAAUAACCAGUGAAAUGAACCGCCUACUCGCUGAAGUCCCUGCUUCUGUUCAAGCACUCACUGGAGUGGACCUGACCAAGGUUUGUGUGUGUGAAGAUUUCUCUGUACUUGGGGACCCUAUCAUCACUGCUUAA